AUGAGUGGUGAUGUUGCGCCGGAUGCUUUUGGAGGUGAACUGAGAGCCGCGUUUCCAGCCAUCAGUACGAUUUUCAGCAAACUACAAGACAGCGUCAAGAUGAUGUCGCCGCACAAAAGGUUUUUGACCAAGAUGGAAGUUCUACAAGUGGAGAUUGAGCUGGCAGACACAGCGAGCUUACCCAAUGCCUCGCAAGGCCACCGCUGGACUACGAGCAGCGACAUGACAACAAGUCUCGGGAGUCCACUUUAG